AUGGCGAGCGACCGCGCGCUUCGACGGGGCGUCUUGCGAUGGGACUACUUCGUCCUUCGACGCGGCGCGCGCGACGACGCGCUCGUCGAGCAGAGCGUGCGCGAGCGCGAGACGACGACGGCGCGCGGGCCACGGCGCGGGCGCGCGGGGGCGAGCUCGAGCGCCGCCGCGGACGCUCGGGAGACGAAGGAUGGGGGCUCGGACGUCGACGACGGACGAUGGAUCGAACGCGCGCGGGCGAGAACGGUGCCGAUGACGUUUCGAAGCGCGCGAGAGUACGCGGAGACGUUCGAGCCGCUGUUGUUCGCGGAGUGCGCGGCGAUCGCGCGCAGGGGAGAAGACGUCGAGCGAGAGGAGCGACGGGGCGGAGGUAGGUCCAGGGCGGCGCGGGUGAAGACGACGACGAGAUCGGAUGAGUUCCAUCUCGUGACGUUUGAACUGAGCGAGGCGGACGCGAUGGAGUUUUACGACGACGAUCUCGUGUUCGUGAGCAAGGCGGAUGCGGGAGACGCGAGCGAGGCGGAGCUGAAAAAGUGCGAGGAGCGGGCGGGAGAGACGCACGCGCUGGGAAUAGUGGACGGAAGAGAUGCAAAAACGUGCGUGCGCGUGCGCAUGUAUCUUCCGGAUGCAUCGAGCGGAGAUUCGCGCUCGACACAGGGCGAGACGAAACUGGACGCCUCGGCGGCGCUCGCGGAGCGAGACGCCAAGCGAUUUCGCUCCACGAGAAACGCGCUCAUGUCGUCGAAGCACGACGAGACGUGGUACCUGAAAAAUAUCGCGGCUCUCUCUACGAUUACUCGAGAGUGGCGAGCGGUUCACGAGUUGUCUUCGCUGCCGUACGCGUCGACGAUUCUGAAGGGCGCGCCGGCGGCUGAGGCGGGCGCGCCGGCGGCGGCAAACGCGUGGGCGAUUUCUGACGCGUUACGAAACGUCAUGGAACACGCGUACAACGAAUCGCAAGUCAAAGCGAUGUCCACGGCGCUGAGUCAAGACCCUUUCGUGUUGAUUCAGGGGCCACCGGGGACGGGGAAGACGCGCACCAUCUUGUCGUUGCUCUCCGUGUUGCUCCACUCGGUUCCGAGCACGUCGUCGAGGAAUACGGUUGAUUUCGCAUCGUACGCCGAAAUUCGAGAAGCGCGUGAGAAAAUGUCAUCGGAACAAACACGUCGUGCGUGGAGGCUUGCGUCGCCUUGGUUGAACGGCGUCGAGAAUCCGCGCGAUGCGCCGCCGACGAUCUCCCUCGCGAGCGGCGGCGAGGGCGUCGCCAAGCCGCCGAGCAAGCGGAAAGUCAUCGCGCAAUCACUGGGUACGCACACGUACAAGCGCUCGAAAAUUCUCAUCUGUGCACCGUCUAAUAGCGCUCUGGAUGAGAUCGUUUUGCGCAUCAUGCGAAACGGACUCGUCGACGGCGCCGGCGCGACGUAUUCUCCGACAAUUGUGCGCGUCGGCGUAAACGUGCAUCACUCAGUGAAACAAGUGCACAUGGAUACGCUCAUUUCUCAGCGAUUGGGCGAACUUGGCGCUCACCUCGAUUCGGUGAGACGCUUCGAGGCGGCGAUCGAGCGUGAUAGGCUAAAACAGGCGAUUUUAGAAGAGGCAAGCGUUGUGUGCAGCACGCUCUCGUUUAGCGGCUCGGGGAUGUUUUCGAGAAUGAGUAAAACGUUCGACGCCGUCAUCAUCGACGAAGCCGCGCAAGCGGUCGAGCCCUCUACGCUCAUACCGCUCUGUUCCGGCGCCAAGCAAGUGUUCCUCGUUGGAGAUCCGCGACAACUACCAGCGACGGUGUUGAACUCCAUAGCGAUCGAUCACGGUUACGACACGUCCAUGUUCAAGCGUUUCCAGAGCUGUGGCUAUCCAGUGCACGUGCUGAAAACGCAGUACAGGAUGCAUCCCUCAAUCCGAGUCUUUCCAUCCAUGUUGUUCUACGACAACGAGCUCAUCGAUGGUCCUGGUUUAGACAAGUUGACGACGCGACGGUGGCACAAACACUCCGUGUUCCGCCCGUUUGUGUUUUUUGACGUCAAAGGCAAAGAACGAGCCUCCGCGGGCCACUCAUGGGUGAACGAUGAAGAGUCAGAGUUCAUCGUUGCACUCGUUCAAACGUUGUUCGCGCGAUUCCCCGAGCUCAUCGCGGGCGAACAUGUGGCGGUGAUUUCUCCGUACAAGGCGCAGGUGAGGAACAUUCGACGGUUGAUCAAGGAAAAGCUUGGCGCGAAAAAGGCUCUUAGAGUCGACGUGAACACUAUCGACGGCUUUCAAGGUCACGAGAAAGAUAUCUGCAUCUUCUCCGUCGUGCGUGCGCCGAAACGCGGGGCUGGAUCUAGUGGAGGUGGAUUGGGGUUCGUCGCCGACGAACGACGCAUCAACGUCGGUUUGACGAGAGCGCGCUCCAGUCUCUUCGUCGUCGGCGCCGCGGAGAGUAUCAAGGGGGAUGAUAGAUGGGGUAGUCUAGUGGAAAGCGCACGCCGACGCAAUUGUGCGUUGACGCCGUCGAAGCCUUAUCGAGACUUUCUGAAUAAGCAUAGCGCGGUUGGCGGCGCCACCGAGACGUUUGAUGACGAAGAAGUCGACGCAGCGAGCAAGCUGGGAGAGGCAGCUUCGGUCGUCGCGGAAGAGGGUGCGGAUGAAAAUAUGCUUCGAACGCACAUUUGGGAUGAAAACCACGUACACGACCCGCACUGGAGCGGUGCGGCUGAGUUUAUUCGCUCGAACGACCUCGUUAGUGGCGACGGCGGCUUCUCAAAAGAUGGCUUUCGCGACGAACUCAUCGUCGAAAAUACGAAGAAGGGCGAAGCCGUCGGCGGUGACGAUGAUAUGUUAAUGGACGUCGAGGAUGGAGAUGACGCGAAUCGCGACGAGUUCACUGAAGCAGUGGAGGAGCCCGCGAAAAAGAAGCCCACACGAAGGUCGACGCGAGCGUAA